AUGCCAGGCUUCCCAGUACACGGUGCUCCGGUGAGGCUGUGCGUGGGCCUCGCAUGUGUCCUGUCCCUUUGGAACACAGUGACUGCUAUUAAAGAAGAAGCCAAGAAGGAAAACGUGAUGACCUUCUUACCUACAACAGAGUCUGGUCUUAGAGGAGAGGGGAGGCAGGAAAGGGUGGGCGGUGCCCUUUCUCUUCCAGAGCUGCCUGCGAGGUCGGUCGAUCUGUCGGCACUCAACCUGACGCAGGUGGUGAACGGGAUGCUGAGCAGAGCUUUGAAAGAUAGCAAGAAAUUCUUCUCCCUGCUGAGCAUCACUUCCUACAGCUCCUUCGCCUUCCACAAGGUUUCCGUGGCCAUUUACAACAUUUCCCACCUGAAGACGGUGGACCCGGCCAAGUUCCCCACGCGGCACUGCUACUGCGUGAACAAUCGGACCAAUGACCUGUCAGAUUUCACGGCCCUACUGGUGGACUUCAUUGGAAACUCGACCAGCUACCUGACAGAGAUUUUUAAGUCCACCUCCAUCCUCUCAGUGAGUCAGACCAAUGAAUCUGACUGCAUCUUCAUCUGCGUGAUGACAGGAAAGUCAGGAAGGAACCUUUCUGACUUCUGGGAGGUGGCAGAGGAGUCUCCGGUUGUUAACUACACAUUCACCGGCAGCCUGUCUGGUGUCCUGGGUGAGUCUACCAGGGGCACAGCCAUGGCUUCCAACCACACACCCACAAGCCAGCAAACGCUACCAUGGACAAGCCCUCCACACAUAGCCCGGAGCACCAGCGGGUCUGCUCUGAGAACCUCUCCCAGGACAGAGACGACACAUCCUUCACAGGGAGAGCAGACUGUGAACAUGGACAGCCUGCCCGAACCUCUCACCAAGGCCAUGGCCAUGCUGGGCAGCAUCUCUUCCACCCUCCCAGGCUUGGCUACCAGGAAGGUGACAGCCAACAGGCAGGCCUGGGCUUCCAGCCCGCCUGUGCCCUGGGCUCAGACCACCCGUGAGGAAGCACCUGGAGGGCCUCCCUGGGAACCGCUUCCCUCUGGACCAGCGCCGCCUGCAGAGGCCCAGCAGAGUGCACAGACCGGGACCUUAGGGAGCCUUCCUGAGCCUCCUGCUAGGACACAGGGCAGCCCGUCCCAGGCCAGCCCAACCUCAGGAACGUUCACCCCUGGCACACAGACUUCCAGUCCGACCAAGGCCCCGGCCCCCAGGUACCCAGAGACAGGUGAUUUCCUGUGGCCAUUUACCCCUGGAGAAGAGCCAGCCCUGGUCCUUGGACUCCACCAAGUUCAAGUUUCAAGGUGUCCUCGGCAGCUCCUCAGAGAGGGGGCCGUGACAGCUGUCCCUGUCGCCCUGGCCAUCCAGAAGCUCAACCCUUGCCUGAUGGAGCUGUGCCGAUUUUUCCAGCAAUGCCUCUGCAUGAGCCAGAGGAGGGACCCCAGGAUGCAGGCCAUGAGGUUCUGUCUUGAGUCCUACGCCUGGUUCCUGAAGAACGCCACAUUCAUCUGUCAGAGGGCAGAAAGGGUGCCCUACUCUCACACCUUAAAACAAAGAUGCCUUGAGAAUAUCUGCAAGUCUGUGUGAGGCCUUGAUAAAUCCAUGGGACCUAACAAUAAA